AUGCUUAAAGUCUUCAGUUUAACAUCUCCGAACGUAAUCAGUGAAUUAGUUCUGGGUGCUCUGAAACCUCGAAUUGAUACUUCAUUGCCCGAAAAAGAACAGUACAAACGUGCUCACCAGUGUGCUGAAAUAUUAUCGUUAAAUAACGAACAGUUGAGUGUGGCGAUGUUAACAAGUAAUGAAUCAAAAAGUCUACUACUGAAUUUCCUAGAAGAUGAUAAUAUAAAUAAUUUGAUCGCUAGCUUCUACAUGAAAAUUAUCUCACAACUACUCAGUAAAUGUACCGACCAAGUGAGUUAA